AUUGAGAGAAAGGAGUAUUGAAAGAAGGGAACGGACAAGAAGCCCACCUGUAUGUAUUACGUGACACUCGGAAUGAAGAAAGUCAAGGCCUUGAAGCAGUAGUUUUAAGAAGGGCUUCAGGACCGCUGGAGGUACACCGUUGCUUCCUAGGUGUCUUCCCAACAACCAGAGUGGCUCCCUAAUGGGAAACAAAGAUCUGAAGUCAGAUAACUUCCUCCUAGGAUUCGAAGACUUUGGUGUCGUUGAGAGUUACGUCCGCCACCAGGAGGAAGACCCUGCUCCCUUUAAAGACUGCGAUAAUCGCCCUGUAUUCCAAUCUCGUCCUGAUUUCGGGCAACUGAGAAAAGGGGUAGGACUGGUUCAGAGAAAAGGGGUAGGACUGGUUCAGAUUAGCGACUUCAGUGCGGCAGUUUUCGGCAAUGUCUCUGUGCCCCAUAAUCAUGAUAUUCAACCGCAACCGUUUUGUGCUCCAGAGGUACUCUUGAGGGCGACAUGGUCGUAUAGUGCAGAUAUAUGGAACCUAGGAACAGUGCUCUGGGAGCUCCUUGCGGAUCAUGUUCUUUUCAAUGGACUGGACGCUAAAAGCGCCACUUAUUCUCGAGCGACACACAUGGCUCAGAUGAUACGGCUCCUGGGUCCGCCUCCUCUUCGCUUAUUGAAAAGGGCAGAUGAGGAGAUUUGCUCUCAGCUAUUCACCAGCCAAGGAGAGUUCAAAUUCCCAGACUUGAUCCCUUCAGAGGAGUUUAAUCUUCCAACCCUUACACCGUUCCUCGAGGGAGAAGAUAAACGACUAUUUCUCCAAUUUGUGCGAAAGAUGUUAUGUUGGGAGCCAGAACAGCGUUCAACAGCAAAAGAGCUUUGUGACGACCCUUGGCUUAAUUACAAGUCUUAG